AUGAGGGAUAAUCCAGACAGACUAUGUCGUUUGGAUGGAGUUGCUCAUAUAGUCGAGGUCAUCAACGACGAGCCUCAGCGGUGCAUCUCGAGCAUGCGACGGCAGCAGGGCAUGCAACUCGACGAGAGGUACGUUUCGUACUUGCAGAUGGCGGGAUUAGACCAUCUUGCGAGACUGAACGAGAGAUGGUUCAGAUUGGAUGAGCCCCUUGUCAGUGCUUUCGUCGAGCAGUGGCGUCCGGAGACGCACACAUUUCACAUGCCGUUCGGGGAGUGCACAAUCACACUGCAGGACAUAGCGUACCAGUUGGGAUUACUGGUCGACGGACGUUAUGUCAAUGGUUGCUUGACGGAUUUCCAAACAUAUAUCCAGGGUGGCCGUCCAGCUUGGGUGUGUUGCCAGGAGUUGCUCGGUGUGUUACCUCCUGCAAACCAAAUCCAGAAGUUUGCACUGAACUGCAGCUGGUUCCAGGAGACGUUUGGAGAGUCCCCUGAGGGAGCCGACGAGGAGACAGUCAGGCGUUAUGCUCGGGCCUAUAUCAUGAUGCUGUUAGGCACUCAGCUGUUUGCCGACAAGUCCGGCAACCGUAUUCACAUUAGGUGGCUACCCUACGUGGUUAGGCUUGAGGAUAAGGGUGGCUACAGCUGGGGGUCGGCAGCACUCGCGUGGUUGUACCAAUGCAUGUGCCGAGUGGCCAACAGAUAUGUUGUGAAGUUAGCCGGUCUGUUACAGCUACUUCAGUCUUGGAUCUUCUGGCGCUUUACUGGGUUUAGACCUGCUGGGUAUGAUACGUUCAGCUGGCCCUUGGCCUCGAGAUGGUCAGGUCACAACCCUUCUGCCAGCGAGAAGGGACCUAGAGUGCAGAUGUUGAGGCUGAGGAUAGACCUGUUACAGGCUGGGGAUUUUAUUUGGAUGUCGGCUCUCCCGACGUCCUUCAGGUUGUGCAUCCAGUGGCACCAGAUUGAUCGGGUGCUACCGCAGUUCGGUGGAAUACAGCGCCACCCCCAGCCCGCCCUAAACAUUGACUUUCUGAUGUCGAAGGAUGGCAGAGGUGGUGAUCGUUGGUUCCCAUAUAGUUUGCAUUUCUGGCAUUUGCAUUGGGAGAGCCGUGCAGAUCAUGUUCUCCGGUUUGAUGUUGUGGCAGACUCAGGUCCUUCACAUGACUUCUUGGAUUGGUGGGUUCAGCAUGGUAAGAGAUUCCUGUCACCUAAGAUGUACCUUGGGGAUCCGAGAGCCGUACCUAUUUCGGUCGAGGCGAUGCAGAGGGGUGCCGAACAAGUGCCUGAGAUGGAUCGUGUUGACGACGUUCCAGAUCGACGUACAUUAUGUCAUAUUUUGCCUAAGUAG